GCCAUAUAAGUUGUUUUAUGUAGUUCAAACAGCUGGAAAACUUCAAGAUUUUUAAGAGUGAAAGAGACUUUCAUUUUUACGGGAUUCAACCAGAUACCAACAGGAGCAUGUGUGGCUCUAGAGGCAGCACACUUAACCACUUGACUAUCUCUGGGCACUUGAAAAUGAAUUCCAACCACAUAAUAAUGGACUGUAUAUUUUUGCAGGUCACAUUUACAAGUUAACACACAAACUAAAAAUAAACUUGAAUAUACCACUUUCUAAUCUGUUUUCCAGCGAGAACACAGAUUAUGAAGGUCAAUGACGAAGUCAACUGAGCAGUAUGAUCUUAACUGCUUAAUUAAUUGUUAUCAUUUUGAGAGCACUAGCCGUCUUAAUGGAGUGUGGUCAGGCCUGUGAUUAAUACAUUUUAAAACAUGAACUAGAGCCAACAGAUGCAUCACUCAGAUGCUGUGUGAACAUGCUGCUCUAACAUUAACAGGCCAUUAGAUUAAUUAAGUAAAUUGACUUUUAUUGUGAGUGCAUGGAGACUUUGGGGCAGCAAGUAAACAGCAGUGGCCUGGACCAAAUGAACAGGGCAGAUGACGUUUUGAUUAAGGCUUUGGUGCCAAUUCUGGAUGGGAUAAUUUUGGUGACUGGCCUGGUGGGCCAAAUCUUGGUCAUCACCAUCCUAACUGGUAGGAGGAGGAAAGAUGGUCAACCUCCGCAUGGUACAGACACCCUGCUGCUGGCUCUGAGUGCUGCUGAUCUGCUGCUGCUGUUCUGCCUGCCUUUCCACACCUCUGCCAUCACCCUGGGCUUCUGGCCUUUCGGCAGCUUCCUGUGCAAAACCAUCAGCUUCCUGGGUGUGGCAUGUUCGUCUGCAUCAGUGUUUACCCUGGCAGCUUUGGCUGUGACACGCUACCUCACAGUGGUACACCCCACCUGGGUGUACCGUUCAAGAAUGAACCGACGAAUAAAGCUGAUGGUAGCUCUGCUCUGGGUCCCAGCCUCAGCUUUGGCAGCACCGCAGUUUGCCUUCCGCACGGUUACCAUAUCUAACGCUGUGUACUGCUUUGCCUUCCUGUCUGACUUCAGCCAGCUUGUCUACAGCAUCGCCCUCUUCUUGUUUGCCUUUGCUCUACCACUGGGCAUCAUUGUAUUAAUGUAUGCCAAGAUUUACUGUUUUCUUCGGCAUGCACGGCUGCUUGGGAAUGCCCCUCAGCUGGAGCGCUAUCAGCGCCAGGUCACUCACACUUCAGCUCUCCUAGUCCUGGUCUUCACAGUACUCUGGCUGCCCUCUUAUGCCCUCAUGUUCUCCUUCAUCGGAGGAACCAUUACAUCCUCAACUGGCUAUAACACUAUUGCCAUCCUGGCAAGACUGUUGGCAUCCUCGGCAGCAGUGGUAAAUCCUGUACUCUAUGGGUUUAUGUCUCAGAAAUUUAGAAGAGACUUACUAGAACUGGGAAGAGGGCACUGGGCAUGGUGUAAAAGCUGUCUAAUUGAUUGUCCUCAUGUGAUGAGCAGGGACGUGGUUCAGCCCUUUGAGCUGGACACAAGCUCAGAAAGAGGACAAAACUGACUCGUCGAGAUCACUGCUACCUCAUUUAAAUCUGGCCGUAGCGCUGGGCAAUAUAUAUAAAAUCAAUAUCAUAUUUACAGCAGUUAAAUGUAAUCAAUUCUUAUGCAUUAAAUCAGACAAAACUCUUAACAUGCUUGAGCUAAAAUUUUGAAUUUCCUUUGAUUAAAAUGGACUGUAUCAUAUUGCUUUCUCUGUAACACUUUCUUGUUACCUCUAUUGGAUUAAAUGAAAUAUAUUCUGUAGUUGGUGGAUGAAAAACUAAUGUGGAAAAACUGGCCGUCAUUUUCACAAUCUUUUCAAAACCCUGAACUCAAUGCAACAUCAAUAAACACACUC